AUGCCCCUCGUCGUCCCCGGCAUAAACAACACCUCGGGCGGCAGCUCAAACACCUCGGAGUGGAUGAACAAGCUGAUGGGCAAGCGCAUCGGCGAGACGAGCAACGAGACGUCGUUCGCGAAAAAGGAUCUGCCGCAGAACCAUCGUGUGGUUGAGGAGGGCGGCAUGAUGACCAUGGACCAUAAUCCGGACAGGCUGAACAUCCACGUCGACAAGGACGGGACCGUCAAGAAGGUGACGCAUGGAUGA